AUGGCAAGUCCUGAAGACCAGUGGUGCUACCCAGCCUUUAACUUGUCCUGUCCUAGAUCGGUGUUCAGUUCUGGGGCUCAGGUAACUCUCUACCUGGUGUUCCUGGUGGGUAUCCUGGUCACCAUCCUGGGCAACUCUGUGGUCAUCAUCUCCAUCGCCCACUUCAAGCAGCUCCACAGUCCAACCAACAUGAUGGUGAUGUCUCUAGCCGUGGCUGACCUGUUGGUAGGGGCAAUCGUGAUGCCCUUCAGCAUGGUCCGGAGUGUCGAGGGAUGCUGGUACUAUGGUGAUGAUUUAUGUCUCCUCCACUCCAGCUUUGACAUGUUCCUCACCAUUGUCUCUAUCUUUCACCUUGUUUCCAUCGCUAUUGAUCGCCAUGAAGCAGUCUGCAACCCUAUGCUCUACUCAGCCCACAUCACCAUGCCUGUGGCCUGGAUCAUGAUCUCAGCCAGCUGGGUAAUAGCAGGUCUGUACUCUUAUGGCCUACCUUACUCCAAGGCUAACGUGGCUGGACUUGAGGACUAUCUGGAAUCUAUUAAAUGUCUGGGUGGUUGUUACUUAUUGUUCAACCAUCUGUGGGGUGCAUUAGACACACUGAUAUCCUUUUUCUUUCCUGUGUCUAUCAUGAUGGGUUUAUAUGCUGAGAUUUUCCAGGUAGCUAAGGAGCAUGCCAGGAGGAUAGAAGACGGCAGCCAUGGAGGGGUGAGGAAACUUAAUGAGGGAGAGAGGAGGGGGGCGGUGUCGAAACGCUCAGAGCGCAAAGCAGCCAAGACACUAGGUAUAGUGGUGGGAGUUUUUAUAUUCUGCUGGAUGCCAUUCUUUGUAAACUCCACCAUAGACCCUUACACUAACUUUAGUACACCUGCUAUUUUAUUUGAGGUGUUUGUGUGGUUAGGCUACUUUAACUCCACUUUAAACCCUAUUAUCUAUGCUAUGUUCUACCCCUGGUUCAGGAAAUGCGUUAAUGCCAUUGUUACCAUGGAGAUAUUCACCAGACACUCAUCUGAUAUGAAUGUGUUUGUCACUUGA